AUGCCGUGCUGUGCCAUGCUGAUCACGCCAGCAAUGGGUGCCCGGGAUUGCCUGUGGGCGCUGUGCAGCUACUCCACCCCACAGGUGAUGGUGGUGAGGAAUGGGCACCUCGGCACCACGCACCGUGCGCUGCAGCUCCUCGUCCUGCUUUACUUGGUCAGUGAGUCCCUGGCGAAGAUGGCACCACAGUUCCCCAUCCUUAUCAAGAGGAACAUCCACUUCCCCUGCUUCGGCUUCUCCAAGGAUGUCCAUGUGGAAGAGAUCAAUGGUGGGGUGGUCAUCAACUGGAACUGUAACCUGGGCCUGCCUGAAACCGACUGCAACCCCCACUACUCCUUCCACCGCCCCGAUCCCAAGACCACUUCAGCUUCCCCUGGCUACAGCUGCAGGUCUGCGAAGUAUUACAAAUGGAACGGGACCCACACACGAGUGUUGAUCAAGGCCUGUGGGAUCCAUAUUGAUGUCAUCGUGCAGGGCCAGGCAGGGAAGUUUAGCCUGAUCCCCACUGUCAUCAACCUGGCCGUAGCUCUGACCUCGCUGGGAAUGGGCUCCUUCCUCUGGGACUGGAUCCUGCUGAGCUGCAUGAACAAGGACCAGGUGUACAGCAGCAGGAAAUUUGAGCAGGCACCACCCUAGAUCCUGGCCCUGGAGGUUUGGUCCUCUGGGACAGAGCAGUGGCCACGCUGCCAGCAAGGCAGGGCAGGGUGCCUGGGCACGGCUGCAGGCUGGGCAGCAGCAUGUGGCUGGGGCUGCCAGGGCAUCUGGCCCCUCCAGCCAUCUCUCACCCCCGCGGCAGGCGGAAGGUGCCUCAGAGGCUGCUCCACGACAUACAGCACCUCAGGGCUCUCCAGCCUCCAGAGAGUCUGUCCCGCAGGGACCGACCGCUUGUCCCUCCCCCACCACGUACAACCACAGCUGGAAGGAGCCACUGUGCCAGGCAGCAAUAACACUUCCUCCGUCCGGGCCCUGCUCGACUCUGAGCUACCUGCUUUUCCCACGCGAUGAUCCCUGUGCCUGGCCAGGAUGCACCGGGCACCUUGCCAGCUGCUGCUGCUGGCCACCAAGAGCCACGGCCCCCUCCCUUCCCUCAGCCAUGCUUCAAGCAGCUCCAGGCAGGUCCUGCCCCAUGGCUGCCAGCUGCUGUGAGAG